AUGGCUUCCACAGAGGACUACCAGAACAUCUUUCACUGGGCAGAGACCCAGAAGAAUGGUUCCAUCCCUAGCUUCGAGACCCGACGCAACGACCCGUACAAAUACAUGUCUGGCUUCAACAACAGCUUCGAGUCAGAAGCGGUGCCUGGUGUGGUCCCCAAGGGCCAGAACAGUCCAAGGUCCAUCCGCUUUGGACUUUACGCGGAGCAGAUGACUGCGUCUGCCUUCGUCGCCCCACGCCAUGCCAACAAGAAGGCGUGGCUCUAUCGCUCGCGUCCUGCUGUCGCCCACCAAGGAUUCACGGAUCUUCCCAACCGAGAUGACGUCGAGUCAAACUUUCUUCCCAUCAACCCCCGCCUGGCGUGGAGCCCCUUUGACAUCCCAACCGAUCAAGAUGUGGACUUUAUCGACGGCCUCAAGACACUUGCGGGGUCCGGCGAUCCCACGCUGCGUGAGGGCCUGGCGACCCACGUCUAUCUCUGCAACACAGGCAUGAAGAAGAGGGCGUUUGCCAACUCGGACGGCGACUUUCUCAUCGUUCCGCAGCAAGGCGCGCUCGAUAUCCAGACCGAGUUUGGCUUCCUCUACGUUCAGCCCGGUGAAAUCUGCGUCAUCCAGCGCGGCCAGCGCUUCAAGGUGAACGUCGAGGGACCUACGCGGGGCUACAUCCUCGAGAUCUGGGGCUCCAACUUUGAGCUGCCUGAGCUGGGGCCCCUCGGCGCAAACGGGCUCGCCAACGCUCGCGACUUUCUCCACCCCGUCGCCGCGUAUGAGGUGACGGACGACGACCCGUGGAACAUCGUCUACAAGCUGGGCGGUCGGUUCUUCCAGAGCGCACAGCGCCACUGCCCCUUUGACGUCAUCGCCUGGCACGGGAACUACGUGCCGUACAAAUACGACCUCACCAAGUUCGUCAACGUCGGCUCCAUCUCAGUCGACCACAUCGACCCGUCCGUCUUCUAUGUGCUGACGGCGAAGUCGCGCGAUCCAGCCGCGCCACUCGCCGACUUUCUCAUCUUCUCGCCUCGCUGGGACGUCGCCUCGCACACCUACCGCCCGCCCUACUACCACCGCAAUGCCGCCUCAGAGCUCAUGGGGCUCCUCUACGGCGCCUACGAAGGCCGCUCCGACGCCUUCCGCCCCGGCAGCGUCUCGUUCGAGUGCGGCUUCGUGCCCCACGGCGUGGCCUACGAGCAGUUUGCCGCCGCGUCGCGCGAGGACCCGCCCGUCAUGCGCAUUUCCGAGGGCGCCGUCGCCUUCAUGUUUGAAAGCUGCCGCGCCCUCACGAUUACGGACUAUGCGUGGAAGAGCACGAACCUCCACGAGCACGAUCCUAAGAUGUGGGAUGACUUAGUGGACAACUUUUCCAAGCACCGCGUCGAGGUCGAUGAGAUUUUGGGCAAGGCGACGGGUGGGAAGCACCGCGUGGGGUCUUGA